AUGUUCCGCUUUCCCAAAUCCGUCGAUGUAAUAACCCUCUUCCACAAGCCCUCGCUACCGACAUCUACUCGUGUUCUCAACAUCCUGCGCACUGCAUCUGCGAAUGCCGGCGAAACCGCUACAAUCGAUCAAGCCAGCGACCACAGCGAUCACAACAAACUACAAAAAGAACUGCGCGGCGAAUUCGAACUGGACGUGACCGAGGCUGUGCCGACUAGUGACCAGUUAAACAGCAUUAUCGACUACUUGCAGGCAAAGGGGGUUAAUCCCUCCGCGGUUAUGGAAGGGGCUAAAGAUAAGGCGGAUGCGCUGAAGAAGUUGAAGGAAUUUGGGGAUAGAGGGUUUAUUAGGCCUGUGGUGGUUGAUUGGGUUAAUGGAAGGGCUACAGUUGGCGACAACGAGUCCGAGAUUCUCAAGUUGGUCAGGGAGGCGGGCUCGUCUUGA